CCUCCCCUAUCCCGCCUCCUCCUCUCCCGCAAAGACUCUCCAGCAAAUACUUUCACUUUCAGUACGAGAGCCUAUCCUCUUCCCCGCAGACGCCAGAGAAAGCUGCUGUUAGUCUCCCCGCCCGCCCUCAGAGAACUCUGAACAAGAAAUUCCAGCCAGCAGAGUCUGCCGGGCUGCUCAGCUAAAGGAGCAGGACAUUCAAGCUGCAAACGCUGCAUUGAGAGGCCACGAAGGUGCUAAGUGAGGGCUCCUGUCUCAGGCUGGGACCGUGGGACCCACAGAGACUCUGCAUCAUGAACACUCUGUCUGAAGCAAACGGCACCUUUGCCAUUCAUGUUUUAAAGCUCCUUUGUCAAAACAACCCUUCGAAGAAUGUAUGUUACUCUCCUGUGAGCAUCUCCUCUGCUCUAGCUAUGGUCCUCUUGGGGGCGAAGGGAGACACUGCAGUCCAGAUGUCUCAGGCACUUGGUUUAAACACAAAGGAAGACAUUCAUCAAGGCUUCCAGGAGCUUCUCGGUAACCUGAACGAGCCCAGCAGAAAGUACUCGCUUAGAACGGCCAAUAGGCUCUUUGCAGAGAGUACCUGUAAAAUCCUUCCAACCUUUAAGGAGUCCUGUCUUCAGUUCUACCACUCGGAGCUGGAGCAGCUGUCCUUUGCCAAAGCUCCAGAGGAGUCCAGGAAGCACAUAAACACGUGGGUCUCCAAACAGACUGAAGGGAAAAUUCCAGAGUUGCUGUCAGGAGACUCAGUUAAUUCAGAGACCAGGCUGGUUCUUGUCAACGCAUUAUACUUCAAAGGAAAGUGGCAUCAACAGUUUAACAAAGAAGACACAAGGGAAAUGCCCUUUAAAAUUAACAAGAAGGAGAAAAGACCAGUGCAGAUGAUGUGUCAGGAAGACACAUUUAACCUCGCCCACGUGAAUGAAGUACAGGCACAGAUGCUGGAGAUGCCCUAUGAGGGCAUGGAGCUGAGCUUGUUGGUCCUGCUCCCGGAUGAUGGUGUGGACCUCAGCCAGGUGGAAAACAGUCUCACUUUUGAGAAGUUAACGGCCUGGACCAAACCAGACUUUAUGAGGAGCACUAAUGUUGAGGUUUUCCUCCCAAAAUUUAAACUGCAAGAGGAUUAUGACAUGGAGUCUGUGUUUCAGCACCUGGGAAUGGUGGAUGUCUUCCAAGGCGGCAAGGCUGAUUUAUCAGGAAUGUCUCCAGAGAGAGAUCUGUGUGUGUCCAAGUGUGUUCACAAGAGUGUUGUGGAGGUCAAUGAAGAAGGCACCGAGGCUGCAGCAGCUUCUUCAGUCAUGAUUGUAGCUUGUUGCGCCUCCAUUCCUGAAACCUUCUGUGCAGACCGCCCCUUCCUUUUCUUCAUCAGGCACAACAAAACCAACAGCCUCCUGUUCUGCGGCAGGUUCUCCUCUCCAUAAAGGCACAGUUACCAUAUGGGGAGCAAUUAUCUCUUCAGCAUCUCCACCACUCCUACAGCUCUGUGAGGAUAAAGUAUGGGGGACACCAAGUUCCAAGAUGACGGCAUCUUCCUCUCCUGACUUUCAUCUCUGCCCUUUGCGGAGUCACAGGACUAUAGAGUGCUUUGGGUUUUGUUGUGGAAACAACAAAGAAGGCAAACUAAUCCCACAAGAUAGCCUAUAAAGUUCUCUAAGGUGACCCUAAACAAACGCCCCUAAUUCCUGCAAGACAAGCCAUCCCAGCUAUAUACGCUGUGCUUUCCUGGCUCCUCACCUCUUGCCAUCACUUGCCUUAACCUGCUUGCAUCCUAGUAAAUGCUUCUGUGGCUGAUGACGGCUACUGCAAUUUUCCUAGUGAGUGGUCCUUAAUGCACAUUUUAACUUUAAUUUGCUUUGCUGUUCGCUGCUCACCAGGUAUGUUCCCACCACUGUGUUAGGCUUGGGGAUGUGUGCAGACAGUGUGGUCCUCUAAUCGAUAACCUUGAAUAUCUGCUUUCAACUUAUCUAGCUUUCAGGACAUGUUCCCUUGCAGAAGUCAUGCUUCUGUAGACUAUUUAUUGUCUUUCUCCAUCACUAUCUAUUAUAGUUAAAUUCUAUGAAGUCCUUAAAUGCUAUUUCAAAAUAAAUUUAUUUUUUCACCAACCAUGUAUGCAUUUUGAACAUUAAUUGGACCACUUAGAGUUUUUGUUUUAUCUGUUCACUUUCUGCAUCUUAGAAAACCUCACAGCUAGAAGCAAUGGUCACUAAGGGCCAGGAUUAUAUCUUACUGUGCUGUAUAGCCACUUACAGGCAGUUAUAAGUGAUUUCACUGUGUGUAAUAAUGCCAUGUGGGACUGGAGAGGUGGCUCAGGUGUUUUGGCUUCCUGUAUACAUACAGUGCAUGUAUCCUCACUCAGACUCCUGGAUCCUGUAUACAUAUAGUGCAGAAUCCUGGUAUGUAUAUGUAUACAUAUAGUGCAUGUAUCCUCACUUAGACUCAUACACAGACAAGUGUAUUUAAAAAUAAAGAAAAAUUUUAAACAA